AGCAAUCAUAGCAGGAGUGGUAGUAGUAGUAGCAGCAGCAGCAACUUUGCGCUUGCCUUGGUGCAGGGCCGCAGUGGCGAUAUGGCCAUACCGCCACUUCUUGUUUGCCUGGGCGAUGGCGCCUUGGUCAUUCUGUUCUUCUUCAUUACCGGUCUCCACCACGAGCACAGCUAUCUGGAGAAUGAGCAGGCUGCCGACUACGCGUGGGAUACCUCCCUCCUGGAUGUGGUGGUUCUUGCGGGCGUGAGGCUUGCCAUCCUUAGCGCCAUCUGGCUCUACGCUGAACAUAAGGUGUCGCAGGCCAUCGAGAAGGAUGCUGCCAUUUAUCGUCCCUCAAUCUUCCUGCAGAUCAUCGCUGUCGGCCUACCUUUGGCCAGUGCUGCGCACGCGGCGGCCAAACUUGUGUUACUUGCCGAUGAACACAAACAUGCAAGUGGGGCUACACAGGGCCUUGCCAUUGCCACAGCUGCCGUAGCCGUGGCUGGCGCCUUUGCCUCGGGUCUUCUGGGAACCACCCUGAGUAGCGAAAUGCGGCGGCGGCAAGCGCGGCACUUGCUGGACGCACAUGAGACAGCCAGCGGCAAUGAUCCAGAGAAAGGGGAAGCCAACAAAAAGCCGCCCAAGGUUGAUCUGAAGCGCCUCAUCUCUUUAGCCAAACCGGAGAAAUGGUUGUUGGCUGGUGGUACUUUUGCGAUGGUCUUUUCCUCGGGCGCAACCAUCGCCGCCCCCUACCUUUUUGGCCAGGUUAUUGACGCCGCCACUGCCAAGGCCGAUGCGCAACACAAAUUGGACCGGCAAAUUUUGUAUCUCGGCAUUGUCUACGGUGUUGGCUCCUUUGCCGCUUUCGUGCGGGCUUGGCUGUUUACGUGGGCUGGCCAGCGACUGGUGGCUCGCGUUCGCCGCCGCGUUUUUGCUGCGAUUGUGCGCCAAGACAUUUCCUUUUUCGAUACUAAUCGAACUGGAGAGUUGACCAACCGCCUUGCGUCGGACACGCAAGUGAUCCAAAACUCCGUGACCGUGAACAUUUCGAUGUUGCUGCGUUACGUGGUGCAAAUUGUGGGCUCCCUCAUUGUCAUGUUUUUCCUCUCUUGGCGCCUGACUCUCGUCUUGCUUUCCGUCGUCCCGCCCGUGGUGAUUGGGGCGGUGUUUUACGGCAAGCAAGUGCGCAAUUUGCGAAAGAAGUUUCAGGAUGAGCUGGCCAAGGCAUCGGCCAAUGCGGAAGAAACGUUUAGCAACAUCCGCACU